AUGGCACAGAUUUACCAAGGGAGCAAUGGAGGAGUCAACGGACAAGGGGCAGGAAGAAAUGUGAGCGCUGCAAAACCUGAAACGUUCGACAGUGCCAAGAGAUUGGCCAAAAAACUGUACGAAUACAACAACAAAAAGGGCGAGAAGCCAGCGGAAAUUGAAGGCAAGAAAGAGAAUGACAACAAGAAAGGAAAGAAUAACAAGAGAAAAGGGCGACAAGGCUCGGAAUCAACAAAGAAGCAACAAACAGUGACAGUCAAUGCUGGGACCACUCAAGUACCCUUCUCACCACAUGCUCCAGCCUCAGCUAAUCCAAGUGCUCCUACGCAGUAUUCGGGAACUCUCCCGAAGUGCAACAAAUGCGGUCUCCACCAUAAUGGAGAAUGCAGAGAAAUGCAUUGCACCAGUUGUAAUCGGAAGGGUCACACGGCAAAGUAUUGCAGGACCUACCCUCUCCAAAGUCAACCACAAGGAAACAAAAACAGCAACAGCAACCGCGACAACAACAACAACAACAACACCAACAACAGCAACAAUAACACAGGAUCAAGCCCCACUUGCUACAGAUGUGGAAGGACAGGGCAUAUCCGUCAGAACUGCCCCAACACCAACAACCCUGGGAACGCAGGAACAGGAAGGAUUUCAGCUAAUAAUCAGGUCAAUUCCGAUGCAUUGUUUAUCAACUUAUUUUUAUUGUUAUUGCAAUCGUCUAUUGUCAAAUUCUUUCAUGAUCAAUCAUCUUCAAGUAUGAAUAUUGAUCAUUCAAAUAGCAGUAAUUCUUAUUAUAGUUUUGAUUUUGAGCUCUACAAUAUUGAAAGUUUUAAGCUUGUUCCUUAUGAUAAAUUGAUACAUAAGAAGCCUUUCAAAGGAUUGUUGUUUGAUUCAUUGGACAUUGGUCUUGACUUUUACAAGACUUAUGGUCAAGAAUGUGGUUUUGAUGUGAAUAUGUCAAGUCAAAAAAGAUACAAUGAUGGCACAAUUCGUAUUAGAUAUUCGACAUGUAGUAGAUCUGGUUUCACGGAGUCGUUCAAGAAUGAAAAUGUUAAUGUGAAAUUUUCGUAUGUUAAGAGAAGGAGAACUUCUUCUAAGAAGAACGGAUGCACUGCUGUUUCAAAGUUCAAAAAUCUCUGA